AUGGCUAUGAAUGAACUACAGCUGGCUCGCACAAUGCAACAGAACGAACGCGAGCGCUGGUCCCGCGUUGCCAGUCGAAUGUCCUCUCGUCGGAAUCAGUCCAACGAGAAACCUGCGUCCGCCCGAUCCGUCAGUCUCUGUUCCAUGAUGCGUUCCCGAUGGAUUCUGUUCGUUAGUGCUCUUCUAUUUGCCUUUUUGUCCAUCGGUUUGGCAUGGUACACGGAGCAAUUUUCUCGGAUCUCCAUUCCCUGGUCUGAGUCCGUCGAAUUCCAUUAG